AUGGAGAAACUUCUCGGAGCUGAUACUUCGCGGCACGAAAAAGCCGUGGCCAGGGAGUCCUUCGAGGGUAUAUCAGAGCGCAUGGACGUCGACGAUCCAGACGUCCAGAAAGUGUCCACGGAGGUUCGAAGUGGACGACGCGGACGGGUGCGUGUGGUGACUCUGCGGCGCCCAUUGUCCGUGUCAGAAGUGCGGGAGGAUCCACCCCUCGAUUUCACAUCUUUGAACUUGAAUAACGUAAACACAUUUGGAGGCUUUGGAAAACGUCUUACACCUCUGAAACCAAGUGGUCUAAGACCGUUAGCUUCUGCGGAAUCCGAUGACAAAGAUUCGGCUACCCUUGCCAUUAAUAGGGUGCCUGCAUCAGCAAUUCCUCCUUCGGGUACAAGAACCCAACGUCCCAACGUCGUUGUCACGACAGAAGGUCCAAGAGCUGUAGCAACAACGAGAGCACCGAGUCGAGGGAGGUUCAGGCCGACCAGACCUCCGACUGCGUCUCGUACGAGACCAACCACGUCUGUAUCGACCUCUCUUACGGCAGAGGGACCUCCUGCCACGACGUUUAGACCCAGCAUCACAACGACACUUUCUGGUCUUCUAACAACUGCUCAAGGGGGCCCGACAACAAAGCAGCCCCACGUGCAAUUCCCCAGCAGGUCGAGAGCGGGAGCAGGCAGAGGAACCACCAAGCCUCAAGUAACCUCACUUCGGCCAAUUACGACCACAGCACAACCUUUUUCACCACAGCGCAGAAAACCAGGUGCUUCACGAGCCAGUACUGCAAGACCCAAACCUCAAGAAUCUGAUGAUGUAUCUGCCGAAGAAGAGGAAAUUUUCAUUGUGUUGAAGGAUGUACAGCGUAUCACAGCACCAAGACGGCCAACCAACCCUUCAGUUGUGUCGAAUAGAGUUCCUCCUCCAUCUCCUACUCCUCCUCCUUCAAACCUUCCUCUGUCAUCUGCAGGGGGCCUAAGAAAAGCGAGACCACCACACUCCCAGUCUCUUACUCCUGUUGCUCUUAAUUCCUUGCGUCCAAGCCCUGUUACUCCUGAAGGUGCUGUCUCUUCGACGAGAACGAAAGACCAGCAAAAUCUUCCACCCUCCACUUUCCGACCUCCACUUGGCACGACCUUCACCAAGUUCUCCUUUGGUCAAGCGAACUUCACUGUUGUGUCAAACCCUACUUCUCCCCCACAGUCACCACAUACACCUGGAACCUUUUCUGCUACAGCUUCCCCUGGUGCUUCAAUUGCUGCUUCCCUCAGACCUUCAGUCACCUCCCCUACUUCUUUCGUUUCUUCCCCUAGACCGUCAGUUACGCCCCCCAGUUCUUUUGUUUCUUCCCUUAGGCCUUCAAUCACUUCCCCUACUACUUCCCCCAAACCUUCAUUCGUAUCUUCCAGACCUUCAGUUAUAUCCCCUACUGGUUUUGUUUCUUCCCCAAGACCUUCAAUUACGUCUCCAGCUUCUUUCAUUUCUUCCCUAAGACCCUCAGUAACGUCCUCCAGUCCUUUUGUUUCAUCUCCAAGACCUCCAGUUUCUUUCUUAACACCUUUAGUUUCUUCUCCAAGACCGGCAGUAACUGCUUCCAAUCCUUUUGUUUCCUCCCUUAUUCCCCUCGUUUCUUCACCCAUACCUUCUGUCUCGUCCCCAACUUCUUUUGUUUCUUCUCCUAGACCAUCGGUCACCUCUCCUACGUCUUUCUUUUCUUCUCCCAAUUCUUUUGUUACAUCUCCCAGACCUUUUAUAUCCUCUGCUCAACCUCAGGUCACGUCCCCUAAACCCUUUGUUACCUCUGCCACGCCAUCUAAUCCCAAUCCCUUUAUUCUGUCUCAGCGGCCUACUACCAAUUCAAAUCCUUUCGCCACGUCCUCUCGUCCUUCGUUUUCGUCACCAAGCCAAUCUGGUACUCCAUCAAAUGCUUUUGGUAUUCCUUCAAGUUUUGGGACAACUUCUGGUACUUCUUCACCUUUUGGUACAUCUCCUAGUAUCUUCCAUACUUCCCCAAGUCCUUUUGUUACAACUUCAAGGCCGUUUGUCACAUCAUCUAACAAUUUUCCAUCGUCUCCUUUUAUUUCUUCCCGCCAGCCAAUUGUAACAUCCUCUCAGCCUGCUGUUACUUCCCCUCAUUCAGCUAUCACUUCUUCUCAUUCCGCUGUCACUUCCCCUCAUUCAGCUGUCACCUCUGCUCGCCCUGCUGUCACUUCCCCUCGUCCAGUUGUCACUACUUUCCUAUCCAACACCACUCCUCAGACUUCUGCAAGCUUCUCGUUCCAGCCACUUUCUGCACGACCAACCUCAGUGGUAUCACUCAAUCCACAGCAAGGAUCAUCUAUUUCUAACCACCCAGAUGAAAUUUUCACACUCCAUAAUGCUCCUAAGACACCUUUCAAAGGAUUUUCUUUCCAGUCCUUCCAUCCAGGAUUAUCUUCAAGCACUGCAAUCCAGCUUGGUGGUUCAGAAGGACUAUCUGGGGAUGAAUUCAGAAAAUUACAACCUUCAUCUUUACCUCCACGAAAACCAUCUCGAGUAUCCCUCUCUCCUAUCCCCUCUACAGCACCAACUUCCUUGUCAACUUUCCCCCAAACAGCUUUCCCGGCUGACUUUGGUUCUGUCAUCCACUCACGGCCAACUUUCUCUACUACUCUUCCUCCUCCUGCGCUAACAACCCCAAGGUUUGCAGUAACACCUUCUCCAUCACAAAUAAAUUUAGAUCCUCCUUCACCUACAACUUUCAGCCCAAGGCCUUUCCCCCCUCCACAACCUUCACUUCAACCUCCGCCAAGCCACUUCGGCUCUUCUCAGCCUCGUCCUGGUGUUCAAUCAAUCUCCACCAAACGACCAAAUCUUCCUUCUUUGACUUUCACGGCUCCUGACACAUUCCAGUUUCUCAAAGUAUCACCAAAAGGUGAAUUUAGCACUCAGAGUUCAGGUACGAUACAGCCAGAGCCAACGACCUUCAGAGGUCCUUUUCUUCAGUUCUUUUCCACACCUGCGUCAUCUUCCACACCUUCUCCCUUCCAGAGGACAUCAAAUGUUCAGAGACUUAACUCUCCUUCAAUAUCCACUUCUUCGAGACCGUCAACGUUCACAUCAUUCCAGGCCCCAGGUCGAGCAUCGCCUACACCUACUGUCAGAUCUUUUGUGCCUACAUCUCCUCCAGGGCACUCUCGCAGUUUCCGGUCUACAACUACUUUGCCACCCUUCCUUGCUGCCUUUUCUACCUCUUCAGAUGACCCAGAAAAACUUCGAAAUCGUGCACCGGAGAAUACUCUACCUUCACCACCAAUCAUUGAAAUUGGGGGAUUUGUUCCAAUGAAAAUAUCCAAGACAAACACAAAUGAUCAACCUGUAAAACCAUCAGAGAUCUUAACGCCCCCUCCUCCGCUUCCAUCAUCAUUUGGGGAUAGAGACCCGUCUACAUCCUUUGUCCCCAAUCUUACAACCCCUCAGCGUCCCCCUACCACCUCAAGACCUGUUGUCACCAGCCCCACCUCACAGCCUGCAGUCACAACAGAGUUCAACCUUCAGACAACUCCAAGGACCGUGUUUAACACUGCACGACCACCACAAACAAUCACAGGCUCCAACUUCUUCCUGAAUAGUUUCAGAUCGGCGUCUCCUCCUCCAAAGACUGUAACAACUGUACUCCCACGCACCACCAGACGACCGCGCACAACCUUACAACCCAAGACCCAUUCCUUCAGCAGCCCUAUCACGACGACAAGGCCCAACGCUAUUUCAACGUCACCAAACCCAAGAAAAAACAACAGCUUCGACGAAAUACAACAGAACGAGCCCAGAAAGCAGUUCCUGUCCUCCGCUCCCAGGCAGCAGACUGUUGUACCCAAGGUAACUACAGCUUCGCCUCCUUCACCUACGAGCGCUAGUAGGAGUAAAAGCACAAGCUCCAAAGGGUUUAAGGUUUCUGCAGCGCACGCAGGGAAGUCGUUCAUAUUUGUGCGGAACGGCCAGAGCGAAUACCGGGUGGUAUGGGCGUAGUGCUCGCGUACUUUUCGGUUCAGCUGGUGCAAUAUGGACGUGCGAUGCGGCGUGAGCUUGAAUUUGCUUGCAGUGCCAGGGCUCUUGGGUCAUGACUGCUGGUCACUGGCUCAUGGCUUGCCUCGGAGGCGCUGUCGGUGGCGGACAUGUUGGCUUGGAAUCUGGCUUUUUAUUCUCCAAUGGAACAAUACAAAAGGAGUGAGGCUUGAAUGUCACUUAGAAAGGGAUAAAUAGGUCAAGUAAUCAAGUAAAAUGAACAGCAAGGUUGAAAUGGACAGGGAAAAGUAUGAAAAUAAGUGAAAGAAAAAAAUGAAAAUGAAAAACUAAAAUGAAAAAAAGUAACUAAUAGAGGAGAGGGAACGAAAAGAGACGAAGUGCAAAUAGAAGGAAUCCCUCGACCC